AUGACCAAUGGAGCAUGGGGAGUUAUAGCUCACCUCCGCUCGCUUCAAGUUCUGGACCAAUAUGAGAUUGUUGCUGUGGCCAACUCAACUGUGGAAUCGGCUCAGAAGUCGAUCAAGCAUCACGGAUUGCCCGCAGGCACCAAAGCCUACGGCACUCCGGAGGACAUUGCGAACGACCCAAACGUCGACCUUGUGGUUGUCAGCGUGAACGUACAGAAGCACUUCUCCCUCGCCAAACCAGCCCUCGAGCAGAAGAAGAACGUGUUUGUCGAAUGGCCUCUCGGCGCCUCCGUCGCUGAAGCAGAGGAGCUCACAAGGCUCGCGAAAACCAACGACGUCAAGGCAUUUGUUGGUGUCCAGGCUAGAGCGGACCCAAGCAUCUUGAAGGUCAAGGAAAUCAUUGCUUCCAAAAAGAUUGGCAAGAUCAUCAGCUCUACUGCUACAGCCACUACGGGUGCUCUGCCGGUGGACACGUGGAUGAAGGGUGGAGAGUACUACCUCGACUUCAAGAGUGGAGGCAACGAAUUCACCAUAUACUUUGGGCAUUUUCUCGACACCUUUACCUAUGUUUUGGGAGACUUUGCCGACGUCCACGGCCUGUUAAAAGCUCAAUACAAAACCACUUCCGUGGUUGACCUCUCGAACGGUCAAAUUGUCGAUCCCGCCUACCCCAAGACGUCUCCCGACCACAUUUUUGUCCAGGGAACCUUGGAGAGUGAUGCAGUAGCGUCCAUUGCCUUCAGAAAGGCACACUCUGCUGCCGAUAGCACCGGUUUCCGCUGGAUUAUCACCGGGACCGACGGUGAGCUGGUGGUCACGGCACCCGAGGGCCACUUCCAGUUUACAUCAGAGCAGUGGUCCUUGAAGCUGAAAACUGGCAGAGGGCAAGCGGUGGAAUACGAGGAAAUUCCACUGACUGGACUUGACAAGUCGCCGGCAUCCAAAGUGCAGUUCCCGGGCACGAACAUCGCGAGGGUAUACCAAAGCUUUGCUAAUGGAGACGGGCUGGAGGCUUCUUUUGAGUCGGCCACCAAAACGCACCGGCUGCUUGGAAGAAUCGCCAAGUCUGCGGGAUGGGAGUUUACUGUGCAUACGGUGCGCAGCCCACCUCCUGGCUGGGCAUCGAGCGCAACAGAGGCACGCUCCGCGGAUGCCGUUCCUUUGAUACCCAACCCAGAAGCUGUUGAUCGAAUUGCUACACCCCGGGUCGCAUUCCUCGUCAAUUCCUCCUGGGCUUCCCCGACAAGCACCCAGCCAACAACAGCCACCAUGGCGCCGCGCAUCGAGGCAUCCGAGGUCGAGACCUACUGGAACAUCUUCUCGACAAGGACCAACGGCGGAAAGUUCCUCACAGGCGAACAGGCGGCGCCGCUGCUGAAGAACAGUGGACUGCGAGACGACCAGCUAGAACGCGUAUGGGAUGUGUCGGACAUCGACAAUGAUGGCAACCUGGACUUUGAGGAGUUCUGUGUGGCCAUGCGCAUCAUAUUCGACAUAGUCAAUGGGGAGUACGCCGAUGUCCCGAAUACUCUUCCCGACUGGCUGGUGCCCGAAUCGAAAGCCCACCUCAUCCAAGCAACCCGGGCGUUGACGGGAAAGCAAGUAGCAUUUGAGCAAGUAGAUGACGACUCCGACACGCCAGGCCUAAAGGAUGGCUUCGAUUGGUAUAUGAACCCCAAGGACAAGGCCAAGUAUGAGUCGAUAUACCAGGAGAGCCGAGACAUGCGGGGUGAAGUAUCCUUCAAUGCCCUGGAAGACCUAUACGAAUCGCUAGACGUGCCCGACACCGACAUCCGCAGCGCCUGGAACCUGAUCAACCCCUCCGCCUCCUCGACGAUCAACAAGGACGCCUGCCUGGCCUUCCUGCACAUCCUGAACAACCGCCACGAGGGCUUCCGGAUCCCGCGCACCGUGCCGGCGUCCCUGCGCUCCUCCUUUGAGCGCAAGCAGAUCAACUACCAGCUGGACUCGGAGCGCGACGCCCCGGCGGCGUCCCGCUGGGCCGCCAAGGCCGACGACACGACCAGCACGGGCCGCAAGGCCAAGUUCGGCGACCAGUACCUGACGCGGCUGGGCCGGAGCGGCUUCAAGACGGGCGGCACCGAUUUCAGCACGGCCAAGACGGACGACUGGGAGGAGGUGCGGCUCAAGAAGCAGCUGGCCGAGCUCGAGGACAAGAUGGCCAAGGUCGAGGAGAUGGCCAACCGCCGCCGCGGCGGCCAGCGCGACAGCAAGCCUGCCCUCGUCAAGCGUGAGCUCGAGCAGCUGCUCGACUACAAGCGCAAGGAGCUGCGCGAGCUCGAGGAGGGCGGCGGCAAGGCCCAGGCCGGUACCAGCUUGCGCGGCGUCGCCGACGACCUGGCCACCGUCAAGGAGCAGGUCGACGGCCUGGAGGCGCACCUGAGCUCGAGGCUGCAGAUCCUGGAGCAAUUACGGAGGGAGAUCGAGGACGAGAAGACGAGGAGAUAG